AUGUGGCUGUGUGAGGCCGAAUGUGAGGAUAUAGUAAAGGCUAUGUGGAAUCGGGAUAACAAUCUAUCUGGGAUGGAGUUAGUUUUGAGUAAAGUGGCUACAGCUACGUCCGGAUUGCAAGACUGGAACUGGAGGGUUCUUGGGAAUGUUCAACGACAAAUUCAAAUGAAGAUGCCUUUUCUUCAGCAGUUGCAAGCUCAACAAAGUUUGUUGGAUAAUGAUAUGAUAGAGCAAAAAGUGUUGAAUGAGGUGGUGUCUCCGACGCAAAGUGCAUUUGUCCUAGGUAGAGCUAUUAACGACAAUGUUUUUAUGGCUUUUGAAGUGUUCCAUUAUUUGAAGAAUAAGAUGAGGGACAAGGUUGGCUAUUUUGCGUUAAAAUUGGACAUGAGCAAGCCAUAUGACUGGGUUGAAUGGGAGUUCGUGAAAGCCCUAUCCGCGCUGAUUCAUCAGGCUAAAGCUGAGAACCUGAUUUUAGGAAUUUUGAUCGGUCGGGGAUGCCAGCGUCUCUCUCAUCUAUUCUUCAAUGAUGAUAGCCUAUUGUUUGUUGAGGCUAGUGACCAGGUGGUGGAUUAUAUUUGUUCAACCCUCCAGAAAUAUGAGGCAACAUUUGGGAAAAAAGUAAACUUUGAGAAAUCCGGAAUUUGUUGUAGUAAGAAUGUGGGGAUUGAAGAGCUGAAUCGGAUUUCAGCAUUAUUUGGGGUGGGUCAACUUGUUCGUGACGGUAAGUACUUGGGAAUGUCAUUUUUUGUGGGAUGGUCGAAGAAUACGGUUUUCAAUCAUAUUAAAGAUCGGGUAUGGAAGUGUUUCAAUAGGUGGAAGGAGAAGUCAUUAUCCGCAGCAGGGAGAGAGGUUUUAACCAAAGCAGUGGCCUACACAAUCCCAAUCUAUAUCAUGUCGUGUUUCCAAUUACCAGAAGACUUGUGUCAUGCGAUAAGUGCGCUUAUAGCAAGGUUUUGGUUGGGACAAAAGGAAGAGGAGCAAAAUUCAUUGGCGUAG